GACGGCCGCGGUGACGCGCGGCGGGCCGCGAGCCAAUAGGGGGCGGGUUCGGCGCUGAUGGACGGGACUAGCGGCCAGUGGCGAGGCGCUGGCCGCACUUCCCGUCGGGGAGAGAGUGUAAUAUGGCGAAGACCUACGAUUACCUGUUCAAGCUGCUGCUGAUCGGGGACUCGGGGGUGGGGAAGACCUGUGUCCUGUUCCGCUUCUCCGAGGACGCCUUCAACUCAACUUUCAUCUCCACCAUAGGAAUUGACUUUAAAAUUCGGACCAUAGAGCUCGAUGGCAAGAGAAUUAAGCUACAGAUAUGGGACACAGCUGGUCAGGAACGGUUUCGGACGAUCACCACAGCCUACUACAGGGGCGCAAUGGGCAUCAUGCUGGUCUAUGACAUCACCAACGAGAAAUCCUUUGACAACAUCCGGAACUGGAUUCGGAACAUUGAGGAGCAUGCUUCUGCAGAUGUCGAAAAGAUGAUACUCGGGAAUAAGUGUGAUGUGAACGACAAGAGACAAGUUUCCAAGGAACGGGGAAAAAAGCUGGCCCUGGACUACGGAAUCAAGUUCAUGGAGACCAGUGCGAAGGCCAACAUCAAUGUGGAGAACGCAUUUUUCACUCUCGCCAGAGACAUCAAAGCAAAAAUGGACAAAAAAUUGGAAGGCAACAGUCCCCAAGGGAGCAACCAGGGAGUCAAAAUCACACCAGACCAGCAGAAGAGGAGCAGCUUUUUCCGAUGUGUUCUUCUGUGAGGAACACUGCCUUACUCUGAGCCUCGCUCAGCUGAGAUGACUGUGCCUGUCCUGAGUGAGCCCCUCACUCAGCCGGGGCCCUCCCCUCCAACACUCCCUGCUGUGCCGCGGCCGCUGAGCCCAUGGCCACCAGACACAAUUGAGAAAUUGUUUAUUUUAGUAACUGUCUGAUCUUUUUCAACUUUGGAGAUGGAAUAAGUUAAGAAUUUGCUAUUUUUCCCUCAAUGUCCGCUGAAUGGGCCCUCUCGUCGUGUAACCAGAGAGAAAGAUGGAGUUGAGGUGUGGCCGUCAACAUCAGCCAGUGUGGUGGGCCUCCGUCCCCAGGCCUUUAAUCCUCAUCUUACUGCAACACAACUAAAGCCCCACCGGAAAGCCCGUUCACAUCCCCACCACAGAAGCCAGGCCCCCAGAGGCCAGUGAGGGUUCCAGGAGUUCCGGGCUCCACACCCUGAGCGAGGCGACGCAUGCCGGGCCCACAAAGCAUCCACCCAGCACAUCUGACGCCUACUUUCUCCUCUUCUGUCAGUUUUGGACAAGUGACAAAAACCAUUCUUUUUCUUCCCUCUCUCUUCUUCUCAACUGUCAAACCAAACCAAAGGGAAGCACAAAUUACGGAAAUCCUGAGGAAAGAAGCAGGGGGCGGCCCUUCCUGUUCACAGCCAGGUGCCGGUCUGCAGUCCAGCGAGGCCUCGGGCAUGGUCAGUGGGCCUCUUGGUAGCACCGAGGGGAUGCCACGUGGGCCAGAGGUGACCCUGAACACACAACCACACACGGUCCACCUGCGCUUGGGGCAUCUGCCUCUUGGCCCCCCAAACAGCCCCCCCACACCUCUUCCCUCCCGCUGUCUCCAAAUCGGACAUCCUUUCUAGCUGAGAUUUUUAUUUUUCCAGAUCUGUAGUGUCAUGAAGUGAUUCCGUCUUUGAUUUCCAGCGGCAGACCCAGGUGACUUGGAGUUCGUGCACACCUCUGGCUGGACGGGCCGGAAGCGUGAGGCAGUGCUUGGCGCGGGCCAAGGCCCAGGCGACGGGCUGACCGCAGAGCAGUCUGAGUUGGUUUUUAACUGCCGUCACCUGGUUCUGUUGGGACAGCUCUGCCCUCCUGUAGAGACUGUGCAGCUGGGGCCAGGUAACCAGGUCGGAGGGGCGUCACCCGGGAGCCUUUCUUUCUCUUUUUCUCCCCCCUCUUCGUCCCCCCCCUCAAGCUGCUGUCAGUCCAAGCCAUUGGCGUUGUAGUUUUUUCUUUUGUGAAUUAAAACCAACAUACCAGCAAUAGCCUGCUCUCCCCUGAAAUCUCUUAACAUGCUCUGUUUACAUCGGUAAAUGCACUUAAGGAAAACAAAUUAAAGCUCAUUUUAAAGUUAA